AUGGAUAGGCCGCUGAACCCCACGACACUUAACGCCCUUGGUACAUUCGGUUGUCUCCGGCAGCUAAGGCUUGUUCAGCAGCACAUUCAAACCCUUGAGUUCGCUGGAGUGUGCAAGAGCUUGCAAGUACUUCACCUUCCAGAGAAUCAGAUUGAGAGACUUGAAGGAGUUCAGUCGUGUAAGUUUCUGGAGGAGCUAGACCUAAGUGGUAACCUUCUAUCGGACUUAGGCUUCCCGGAAGAGCCCGUGCGGACACCGAAGAGCCCCUUGGAAGGGCUUAACCGUCUGCACACGCUGCGGCUUAACAGCAACAAACUCCGAACCCUACAAGGCAUUGAGUACCUCGUGAAUCUGAAGGACUUGCAGGUGGCAGAUAACGAGUUGACGCAUGUGGGUGCAGCCCUCAGCAAUAACAAGAACCUAGAAAAGUUAAACAUUGCGGCAAACUUGUAA